AUGGAGACCCCCGCAUUGGCUCCACCCUCCCACCGACCUGCACCCCAAGGCGUGAAGAAGAACAUUAAGCGGGCCACCCCCUCUCUGCCAUCAGCAUCAGGGACUGGCGGGAGCGGGGAAGCCGAGCCAAGGGUCCAGUGCCCACCGCAUCUCUUCACUGAGCUCUACAAGCCAGUAACCAGCUUCGGGAACAGCCCCCCUGUCUUUGUGUUUAUUGGGGAUCCAGGGUUGGGGGAGAGGCUACUGGUCUGGGGGCAGUGGUCACAGGCUGUGAGAUCUGACUGCCUGAAACAGGAUGGGGAUGGCCCUUUGCAGAACAGAACAGACCUAGUGUGGGUUCUGAUCACCUUUGGUCUGCCCACCCCCUGCUCCACAGGAGUUCUGCCAGUCUGGGCAUCUGGGUCAAGCCAGACCCCGAGAGCCGGGCGCGGCUCUGCAGGGCACGCAUGCGCACAUGAGCACGCCAGCGCACCCUUGUGCCCAGCCUCGCCGCCGCUAUCCUCCGCUGGUUGGAGCGGACGCGAAGGCGGCAGGUACGAACCCUCUGUUGGGCAAAUACCACCCUCAGGAUGUGAGGGCCUAGGAGGCCUUCGUGGGGAAGGUUCUGGAUUUAUUUCCUCGGCUGGAUGCUAUAAAUACGUUAGCAUUGGAGCCAACUGGAGGGCUGCGGGUAAUUUGGGAUGCGCAGAAACUGUAAUUUAA